CAACUUUCGCCGCCGCCUUGUCUACUCUUCAGAACGGCCAUGAUAUCCCAGUUUUUCAUUCUGUCCUCCAAGGGGGACCCGCUCAUCUACAAAGACUUCAGGGGAGACAGUGGCGGCCGGGAUGUGGCCGAGCUAUUCUACCGGAAGCUGACGGGACUGGCAGGAGAUGAGUCCCCGGUUGUCAUGCAUCACGAUGACCGUCAUUUCAUUCACAUCAGACACAGUGGCCUCUAUUUGGUAGCCACUGCUUCAGAAAACAUUUCUCCCUUCAGCAUACUAGAGCUGCUCUCUCGGUUGGCCACUCUCCUGGGUGAUUAUUGUGGCUCCCUGGGUGAGGGGACCAUCUCUCGCAAUGUGGCUCUGGUCUACGAACUCCUGGAUGAAGUUUUGGACUAUGGCUAUGUGCAGACCACCUCCAUGGAGAUGCUGAGGAACUUCAUCCAGGCGGAAGCCGUGGUCAGCAAGCCCUUUAGCCUCUUUGACCUCAGCAGUGUUGGCUUGUUUGGGGCUGAGACACAACAGAGCAAAGUGGCCCCCAGCAGUGCAGCUAGCCGCCCUGUCCUGUCCAGUCGUUCUGACCAGAGCCAAAAGAAUGAAGUUUUUUUGGAUGUGGUUGAGAGACUGUCUGUAUUGAUAGCAUCCAAUGGCUCACUGUUGAAGAUGGAUGUGCAGGGAGAGAUCCGGCUCAAGAGCUUCCUUCCCAGUGGCUCUGAGAUGCGCAUUGGCUUGACAGAAGAAUUCUGUGUAGGGAAGUCAGAACUGAGAGGUUAUGGACCAGGAAUUCGGGUUGAUGAGGUCUCAUUCCACAGCUCUGUGAACCUGGAUGAGUUUGAGUCUCAUCGAAUCCUCCGCUUACAGCCACCUCAGGGCGAGCUGACUGUGAUGCGGUACCAACUCUCUGAUGACCUCCCCUCACCACUGCCCUUCCGGCUCUUUCCCUCUGUGCAAUGGGACCGAAGCUCAGGCCGCCUCCAGGUUUAUUUGAAGUUAAGAUGUGAUCUGCCUCCAAAGAGCCAAGCUCUCAACAUAAGGCUUCAUCUUCCCCUGCCUCGAGGGGUGGUCAGCCUGUCCCAGGAGCUGAGCAGCCCAGAGCAGAAGGCAGAGCUCAGGGAGGGAGCCCUUCACUGGGACUUGCCCCGGGUGCAAGGAGGCUCUCAACUAUCAGGCCUCUUCCAGAUGGAUGUCCCAGGCCCUCCGGGACCUCACAGCCAUGGGCCCUCUACCUCGGCCCCUCCUCUGGGACUGGGCCCUGCCAGCCUCUCCUUUGAACUUCCUCGGUACACAUGCUCUGGCCUCCAGGUUCGCUUCCUCAGGCUCACCUUCAGACCCUGUGGCAACACCAACCCACACAAGUGGGUGCGACACCUAAGCCACAGCAAUGCCUAUGUCAUUCGGAUCUGAAGCUCCCCAUAUGAGGACACCAAGGCGAGAUUUUAUCAAAUGAAAAAAGAACAGUCUGGCCUUCUGGCCCAUGGCUCUGGGUGUAGGCAGUAAAAGGCCUGAUCAUGAGUUCUAAGAGACCGGGAGGGCCUAACAGACUCAUCCCUUCAUGGUACCCCAACACAGGAAGGACUGAGGUGGACAGAACUUACAAACCAAACUUUUAUUCUGAGGAACUAGCUGUACAAUGUCUAAAAAGAAAACGAUGUGGAGGAAGCA